AUGUAUAUCUCCGCGCUGGUCGCCGGCGCCUUCGCCCUCCACGCCUCAGCGUUCCUGGUCCCCCUCGAAAUCUCAGAGGCUGCUGAGAAAGCAAAAUCAGACCUCGCCUCGUUCUUUGCCGCUGGUCCAAAUACCCUCCAACUCGACUGCCCGGGUUGUCCCUUCUUCGGUAUCGAGGACACCACCCAAGUCCAACCUAAUAUCGAGAACAAGAUUCUGCUUGAGUUCGAUGUUGAUGCCACCGGGACCUUGAUCAUCAAUCAACAAUCCAUUCUCCCCCAAUCUGCCUCCGAUGUCCCAACAUCCUUUGCUCUUACUGCCCCCCAGAUCCGCGUCGAGGAUGGCCAACAGACACGACCGAUCCAACUUGAUUUCGUCUGGGAAAGGCUACAACCUAUCACUUCCAAAGCCAAUCCCGAUCUUUCUAUCCUCCCAAUUCAACUUACCAUCCUGGGCCUCCAAGGCUACCCCGUCAAAGUCGACACUGUAGCCGUCCACCUCCUUCAAGCUCCUGGACAAACUUCCAUUACGAAGAUCUCGAGGAUUCCUUUCAACGAUACUCCGGGAGCCACAACCUGCGAUACCUCCAAAUGGUCCAUCUGCAGACUGCGAGCCAUCAUCAUUGCACGUAUGCAUGCCAUGCUCGAGGCUGCCAAGGCACGUGCUCAUGCUGCCCACGGAUGGGUUAAGGGACAAGGAAAAGGUUGCCGGGGCAAGUUUGACCACCACAGGGGUGGUCAUAGGGGUGGACCACCGAACAUGCAUCACGAGCACGGCCAGACUGCCCACGGUGGCCACCACCAUCACCACCACCAUCAUGCUCAUCGGUUUGGACGCUUGCUACACCAAACUCUUCGCUUCUUCGUCAUUCCUGCUCUACUCGGCGUAAUUGGGGGGCUCGUUGCCAGUGCAAUUGGCAUGCUUAUUGGUCAAUUCAUUGCUUUCCUAUGGAUCCGCUAUCACCGGGGUGGCCGACGAGGAAGCGUCCGUGAAGUCGAGUUGGUCGUUGAGGAGGAAGAGAAAGAUGCUUUACUCAUUGACGGAGAUAUUGCUCCCCCACAAUACCAGGAUAUCGAAGCGGCUGCAGUCCAAGGCCAGAAGAACUAA